AUGCUUGCAAAACGAAUUCUUGAAACAGAACUCCACCCGAUGGAGGCAAAAGCUACGUUCCGAAUCCUAGCAAAGGAUGCAGAAAAAUGGAAAUCUCUUUUCACCAGUGACGAACAACUACUGUUAACUGCGCAACAUCAUGACACUUCGUUGACUCUCAUAAUGGCAUACGAAGGAACUGAUGAAAUGAGUCUCAAAGAGAUUUCACUACUUUCACAAUUGAUACAAGACGUGAAACAGUUUGCUCUAGUGGAAAUUGGAAAAACUACAGCGAUUCAAACUAUGACGCUCCUUAUGAAUUCUGCACAUUGCACCUAUGCAAGUCAGCUGAAUAUUGAAUCUCCAAACAACGUGUACUUCUGUAACGAUAUCGAUAUCUACGCCAUUCCGCUCUUAGACCCAAAAGUUGCAAUUAAACCCAUUGGAGUCACAAUACACACUGACAAGAGACAAAAAGCUAUGCUUCACCCAACCCACAUCAUUCAUCAUCGAGAUAUGCAUUAUACCAUUGGAGGCGAUAAACAAGGCACUGGAAGACACAAACGAAAGAAAGCAAGUAAACAGAAAAUUGCAGAAAUGAAACUUCUUGAGAAAAGAGCCCGCAGAAGGCACCAUCCGCCGGAAAAAGUUGUCGAACUUCCAAUAGCGCAGAGGAAGCUAUUAUGCAAAUACAGAAAGUCUUGCUAUGAAAGUGGGAUUAUACCAAUGGAGAAAACUGCACCAAAAGAACCUGAGACUCAGAGUGAGGAGGAGACAGAACAACAUGAAAUCAGUGACGCUGAAAUCAAACUCGCUUGCAAGUAUCGAAAAUCUUGUUACGCUGAAUUCGGGCAUGAUGAAAGUAAAAGACCAAAACCGAAAAAACAUAAAGUUCUUACUGGAAAGGCUCGAGCAUUUGUACACCACCACAGAGAAAAGAAGAGUCUAAAGGAAAUUGCUCACAAAGCUUUAGAAACAGUCAAACAUCAAGAAACAAAAAUACAUCGACUUCCAGAACAAAAAAAAGCUAUUGUCGAAAAGAAGCUUAAUGAAACUGAGAUGAAAAAAAUUCAGAAAUCGUGCAAAUAUCGCAAAUCGUGCUAUACAACAGGAAUACCUCCGAAGUUAGCUUCAAAAUAUGAAUUCCUAAUGAAAAUUAUUAGCCUCUUACCUAAACCUCCAACAGAGGAAACAAAGAAAAAUUUCACAGAAUUUGAUGAUUUAGAGAAAAAAACCUUUUGUCAUUAUCGGAAAUCCUGCUACGAUUCAGGCGUGAGACCAACGCUGAAGAACGCUACUCAACUGAAAAUCAAACAUGUCAUCAAAAAAGAGGAGCAACAGAUACCGCUGCAGUUGAGAUGUAAGUACAGAAAAUCCUGUUACGAGACAAAAGUACUACCAACAACUGAGCCACCAGAGGUUAAAGAACCGGAGGAGGAGUUCAAGCCAUUACCAGUAAUUGAAACCCUAAUGCAACUAAAAGCCCACUGCAAAUACCGAAAAAGCUGUUAUCAACAAAAACUGGACGAUCAUGAACGAGAGGAAUUCUUGAAAAACAUGUCAAUACGAACCCAAAUCCCAGAAAAACGUAUCCAAUUUGAAAGCGAUAAGGCGUUCGCUGAAAAAGAAGCAAAGGAGGAAGAGACUGAUAAAAGCAACGUCGUGGAAUCCACGGAAAUAAGGCCUACCACUGAAAGUCAGGAAGAAAUAGAGGAUGAAACCACUACAAAGGACGAAACGAUAGAAAGGAAGAAAGAGAAGGAAAUCAAAAAUAUUGUGCCAAAACCCCCUAAAGUUAAGCGACCGAAGCGCGAAGAUCGUAAGCCAAAAGUGGAUGAAGAGCAGACAGUUACGCCUCCUAAAAUUACCGAAAAACCCAAAAAAGAAGAGGAGAUACAAAAGACAAGGAAAAUUAAAGGGAAUUACACUUUACCAGAAAGCAAAAGGAUCAAAAGUGACGCACAAAGGAAGAAGGAACAAGUGGAACCCGUUAAGAGCAAAAUAAAAAAAAGUGCAACAGAAAAAAGAAGCAAAAUUCCCAGCGUUGACCAGGAAGAGCUAAAAAGAGGGCAAAAAGAAUCAAAAGAAAGGAAAGAAAGUUACAGAGAUGAAAGCAAAGAACCAAGCGAUCAGCCCACCAAAAAAAUUACCAAAGAACCAAAAUCGAAGCCAAAAGAAAAACCAACAAAAAAGUUGAAGAAGUUUUUAACUGGUAAAGUUACUGGAGAUGACGGUACUGGAGAGAAGUUGUCCUGCAAAUACAGGAAAUCUUGUUACGGAAAAGGGAGUGAAUACGAUUUUAAAAGAGAUUUUGCGGAACAAAUAACCCCUCAAAAAAGUGCCGUAUUACAAUGCAAAUAUAAAAAGUCAUGUCCUGAAACUGAAAUUAAACCAGAAAUUGAUCGAAAAUCAACUCCCAAAGAAGAAGACUUGGCCAAUCAAAUUGAUACCGAAGCUGAAAGCGAAAAGCCGUCAAUCCGAGCUCACAAAAAGCUUUACUGCAAGUACCGUAAAUCAUGUUACGCUACUGGAAAAAUUCCGAUACUAAAAAAGGUUACUUUGAAAAAUUUAGCAGUCACUGAUCCUGAUACGGUUCCUGCUCAGUUACGUUGCAGAUACAGAAAAUCGUGCUACAAAAAAGCCAAUAUCCUUUUAGAUACAAAAACUGCAAAAAUGAAAAAGACCGUUAAACGUGAGGACGCUGUAAGCGACGCAACGAUUUCAAAGGUAGCACUUCAAGCGAAAGGAAAAUUAAGUGAAGAAAAGAGGAAGACUGGAGCAGAGAAGAAAUUGAAGAAAGAUGAAGAGAAGAAGAGCGAAGAGGAGGAAGAUCGCGAAAAGGACGAAACAAAAAAGAAACCUAGAGACGAAGAUAAGGAGGAACAGUACAAGCAGAUAAAAGUGACUGAACCACAGCUACAGAAAAAGCGUACCUUGAGUGCAAAAGAGAAGCUAUCUUGCAAAUACCGCAAACGGUGCUACGAAGGUCAGGAGAUCAUUCAUUUUAAACCUCAAAAAAUAUCAUUGACGAUGAAGGGAUUAAAACGUGCUGAUGGAAAACCAUGUAACAUUUACUACAUCUCAUGUCGAAAGAUGGUUGGAUUACCAAUUCGACAACGACCGCCCAUAGGACCAAGCGGAAAAAGGCUUUGCAGAAAAAAGCCGAAAAAUGCAAAUGCUUCUACAUGA